GCGAAAACAUGUUUUCAAGUUUUAUUGAUUUUAGUUGUGGAAUUUUAAGUGUUGAAUGCUGAAAUUAAAUAAUAAAUAUGAUAAAUUAAGUGUCUUGCCGGUUGCCAAACGACAAGAUGAUUAUUAUGGAAGAUAACCGAACAGUAACUUUCCACUGUGCAGAACUCUCUUCGUCGAUAUUUCAUAAACUUUACGAACAGAAAAGGAUGAAUAGAUUUUGUGAUGUAACUUUAUAUGUCAAUAACAAAAUAUUAAGAGCACAUCGCAAUGUUUUGGCCUCAAGUUCACCAUAUUUUGAUUCAAUUUUAAAGCAUCAUAAAAUUGUCAAGGAACAGUUAACAAUAAACUGUUUAGAUAGUGAAAUAUUUAACUCAGUGAUAAAUUUUAUGUACACUGGGGAAAUUACUAUAAGGCAUUCAAAUGUAGAAGAACUUCUGAGACUUGCAGACCACUUUAUACUUACUAAAGUAAUUGAGUAUUGUAUAGAAUUCUUAGGAACCAAAUUAAAUUUAGAUAAUUGUUUGUUUACCUAUUUUCUUACGCAACGAUUCAAGUUGAAACAUUUGGGAAGCAUUGUAGAGAACUGGAUAUCCAGUCAUGUUGAUAACAUUUGUGAUGGUGAAGAAAUUGGUAGAUUAAGCUCCAGGGAACUGCAAGAUUUUUUUAGAAAUAAGAAUUUCAUACUAACCACCCAAAAAGCAUUGAGUGUGCUGUCAAAAUGGGUAUUAGUAGACCUAGAAAAAAGAGAGAAAUAUUUUGAUAAGCUGAUAAGGUGUUUCUACACUAACAAUUUAGAACCAGCAGAAGUAUACAAACAUUUAGACACAUGCAUACUAUACAGCAAAAGUGAAUUAUGCCUGUUUAGAUUUCUAGACUAUCUAGCACAAAACAAUUGGACUCUUUCAAGCUUCAAAACUAGAUAUGAAGUUCUACAGGCCAAAUAUGGACAGAUUGUAAUUAAUGAUUCAAAAACUUUGGAACCAGAUUCCAAAUCAGAAAAAAUAACAGUAACUGAAAAAGUUGAGAGCAACACACCACCAGCUGUUACCAAUUCUAUUGUGGUUAAAACGAAAUUUAAGAGCAGGCAGCAGAUGAUGUUGAAAAAGUUAAUGCUGUUGGGGCUUAGGCCAAGCUUAAGGAUGGCCGCCUUAAAAAUGCUUACUUGCAAAAAAAAGAGGAUUUGGUUGAGUGAAAAUGAAAAAGAAGAAAGUGAAGGUGGAGAAGAUUCUGAUGAAAAAGUUGGUAUAAAGUGCCCUAUUUGUUUUGCCACCAUAAAUGACAGUUUGUUAUUAGAGCAACAUCUAGCUCUAAGUCAUGCUAAAGAUGUAACAUAUAAGUGUAGCAUAUGUUCAUUUGUAUGUCAGUACCAUGGGGAUUAUUUAAAUCAUAUGAAAAGUCAUUUCACUGGACCACCAUUUAAGUGUGAUUAUUGUAAGGAUGAGAAACAAUUUUUUUUCUUGUUGAUAGAAUUUUGUCUUGCAGGUGAUUUUAAUACUGAUCAGAUAUCUAAGUUGAUUUCUCACAGAGCUCAACACCUCGAUGAGUCAAUUUACCAUUGCACCUUCUGCUCUUUUAAGUGUCGGCAAAAACAAAAUUACGUGUCCCACAUGAAAGUUCAUGCGCCCGAAAAAACAUUUAAGUGCGACCAGUGUUCUAAAUCAUUUAGAUUCAAGCAGAAUUUGGAGGCUCAUUCUCUUACACAUUCUGGGGACAAAUCGCUCUCCUGCGAUUCCUGCGGUUUCCACACAAAGUUUCUCAGUCACAUGAUCGCCCAUAAGAGAAUUCACACGGGUGAUUUGUAUCGUUGUUCCUAUCCGCACUGCAAAUACACGACAUCGAAGAAAAGUCAAUUGGGAUGUCAUUCUAAAACACACAAUGGAUCCGGUAGCAAUGGUGGAGGCGCCAGGCCGCACGCUUGUUCGGUGUGUGGUCGUGGCUUCAUGGAAAAAUCGCACUUGGUGCGACAUGAAAGAAUUCAUUUGGAAGAAAAACCGUUUAAAUGUUCGAGCUGCGAUUACGCGAGCUCCAGAAGAGAUAAAUUGAAGGAGCAUUUCACCCGUCAUCACGGAGAAAAUGCGUCCGCUAAGGUUCCCUAUAAAGCACGACCAUUGAGAAACGGAUCUUCCAGUGGCUCAUCGAGACCGAAAAGUCAGACAACGCAAGAGGGCACUUCGUCCGGAGUAUCUUCCGCAACUACCACCAACAGCGGCAACGUUAAUUUUACUCAGUCGAACAGCACUACAAGUUCCGGAGUCUCGCAGCCUAUGGGAUCAGAGAUUCAAGAUUUGAUUAUGCAUCACCAGAAUCAUUCGCCAGCGGCGGCAAUUAAUUCAACUUACCCUCACCACUUCGGCGAUCCAUCAUCGGAUUUUCAUCACGCCGCGCACACUCACGCUCACAAUAUUCAUAAUCAAAUACUUGCGUCAUCGGCUGCAGCUGCAGCCGCCGGUCACACGCAAAGGGCUGCCGCAAGCGCCGCUUCGCAUCAUAACGGGUCGCCAUCUUUGAACCAUCACAUGUUGGCACGAUCUAACCACUCUACCGCUACCUCUACAGCCGCGGCAGUGGCUGCCGCGAUGAUGCUGGAUCCUAGAUUUCAUCACAAUGGUUCUGUUCCAUAUCAUCCUUCCACUACGCCAGUUUCUAUGGCGGCGAUGGCGGCUGUACAAUCGUCGCAGCAAAUUCAAGCCUCUGGGCAACCCGCCGACUAUCCGCCAGCUUUGCAAAAUUGUAUGACAUUAUUCUAGUCAAACUCGUCCUAGUUAAAUUAAAAA